GCCCUCUUUCACUCUAAAGUAACGCCAAAAGUGAACGUUGACGGUGUCGUAUCUUCAGCGCCACAUCACACGAUUUUCUCUCCCUCUCCUCUCUCUCCCCAUUUCGAAUCUCUCUAAAGCUCUCUAGCUACAUUGACGAUCAGACUUCGAAACCCUACCCACUUCACCAGACCUUAGCUUCUUCCCAUUCUCUACAGCUUUUUCUGCUGUCGAUCCUGGAGGUGAAAGAUUCCAAGUGUGCUUGAAAGAGCAGGAGGAAGGGGAAGGCCUUUAUGAACAGAUCAGAACUGCCUGGCUUGUGUUUCACGAUCUGGUAGUGUUUCAAGACUGAAUGAACCAAUGGAGGUCGAAAAGCGAACUCUGAAGGGAGGUUUUCUGCAUUUGUUUGAUUGGAAUCUUAAAUCCCGAAAGAAGCUUUUCUCUAGCAAGGCUGAAGUACAUGAAAGUUCCAAACAACGAAAAGAAUAUAUCAACGAAGACAAUUCCGAAUUUCAGAAGGUGAAUGAUUAUAGAAAUGGCAUAGAUGUGAAACAAAACUAUGAUUCUCACUCGAAUUCAUCAGUCAGUGGAGAUGAAGUUUAUGGGCAAAGACCACCUGGGGUUGUCGCACGCCUUAUGGGCCUUGAUUCUUUGCCGACUUCACAAGUUUCUGAAUUUUAUCAAGCUCCACCACCUCCAUAUUGCCAAUCUUAUAGAGAUUCUCAUUACACAAGAGCAACUAAUGACUUAAAAAAAGAACACCAGAUUGUUGUAUAUGAAGACAUCCGGAAUAAAUUGGAUGGAUUAAGUAAGAAUCCAGUCGAAAUGAGGCUUAAGAAGUUACAAAACCUCCCAAUCGAGAGGUUUCAAACUGAAACAUUGCCUCCAAAAUCGGCUAAGACAAUCUCUGUUACCCGACAUAGGAUGUUAUCUCCUAUAAAGAGUCAUGGGUUUAUCCCCCCUAAGAAUGCAGAAUACAUAAUAGAGGCUUCUUCCAGAAUAAUCCAGCAAAGUCCUAGAUUAAUAACCAACAACAUGAUGCAGCAGGGAGGCACUUCUUCAGUUCCUUUGAGAAUCCGAGACCUAAGAGAGAAAAUGAAUGCUACCCAGAAAAAGAAAAUUGGUGAAGCAUCUCAGAGUGUUAGAUACCACCAUUCUUAUAAACAUAUGAAAAGACAACCUGCUGAGAGUUUCUUAGAUGUUUCUCACAGUAAGGGUAGGGAUAAAUCUGUUUCACUUGCAGUUCAGGCGAAAACCAAUAUUCAGAAAAGGGAAGGGUCAAUUCCAGGCAGUAAUAAUAACACGAAUGAUGUCACUUUAAAGGAACACAAUGAGGGGAAGUAUGGUAGUAGGAAGAGGUCAAAUGGAGAAAAGAGUGUGGAGAAAAGAAAAGCCAGUAAGCCUUCCAAUGUACUGAGGCAGAACAACCAGAAGCAGAAUGGUUCAUCAAAUAAAGACGAGGAAAGCCCAAAACCUUCAGUCUCUUUCCCAAGAGAGAGGAAAUCUUCUUCUUCAACUGAAUCAUCUAGGCCCCUUAAGACAGUUAAAAAAGUCGUUUUAAAUAACAGGAAUAGUUCUGGAGCUGGAAGGUCUAUAGUAAGUGAUAUGCUAAAAGAACCCUCUUCUUCUAGAUCAAAGACAUGUUCCAGAAAGAAAAUACCAGGCAAUGAUGAUAUUCUUUCUAAUGGUACUCUUUCCAACAAUGUACUCAAGAGCAAUGAUGAAAAGUCUGUAAAAUGCAAUGUCACAAUUGAAGGAUGUACUGAAUGGGACAGAGUUGAGAAAAGAAACGGCAGUGAUGUAAUUUCCUUUACAUUCACAUCCCCCAUAAAGAAAACUUUGCCAGAUUCCACACCGUUUGCCCGAAAUACAGAAAAUAAAAUUUUAUCUCUUGUUUCAGAGUCUCGUGACAUUCAGUCCUUGCAGAAAUCAUCCAUAGCAUGGCCUUUAGGUAUGAACAUAAUGGGAGGGGAUGCUUUGGGAAUUCUAUUAGAUGAAAAGCUGAAGGAGCUGACUUUCAAAGUAUCAUCUGGGCAAGACUCUGCAUCCAGUGACGACAUCCCCAACAUCACAUCCGCAGAACAUUUCAAGUCUAAAUUCUGUCCGUCUGAAGAGAAAACAGAAGUCCAGUGUGACUUUGUUUCUGCUCCUCUUGUUGCACUUCAACCAAAAACAGAUAAAUUUCAGCAAUCAGAAGAUAUAGAAGACGAUCUCAAUAGAAGCUAUAUUGGACAUGAAAGAGAAUUUAAUUCUCAAUAUCUUAGCCCAGCCUCAACAUUAGAGUCUUCUGUCUCAGGGGACAGCUACAGUAUGUCAGAUAACAAUGAAAGCUUUGAUGUAGAUGGAACAAACAAUCGUUUUGCUGGAUCACACAGAGUGCGGGAUAGGAACUCUUCAAUAACACUCACCACAGAAGAUGAUGCUGAACUAAUAGACUCUGCUUCCUCGCUUUCAAUAGCUAACAGAAACAGGGAGUCAACCAUUGCAUUCAUGUGUGCUGACAUGAAGGGCUCAACCUAUUGGGAAUUGGAAUAUAUUCGGCGUAUUAUCAGAAAUGCAGAUUUGACAAGAAAUGACAAGUCUUUUUCAACCGAGACUCACAAUUUCAUAUCUGCCAAUCUCUUUGACCAGCUAGAGUUGCAUAAAAACGGGUCCAACAAAAGCUUAGAAGAUUCAAAACACAUGCGAAAGGUACUUUUUGAUUGUGUGGUAGAGCGUUUGGAGGCCAAAAAUGAAGAGUCUGUCAGUGGGAGUUUCCAGAAGUGGGAAAGAUGGAACAUGUUGGUGGAGAGGAAGGAGUGGCUUUCAGAAGAACUUUACAGAGAGGUGUCAUGUUUGACUGAGAUGGAAGAGUUGAUGGUGGACGAGGUCGUGGAAAAGGACAUGAGUACCCGAAAUGGUAAAUGGAUCGAAUUCGGGUCAGAGGAACUAGAAUUAGGUAUUGAGUUUGAGACGGCGAUACUGACAUCAUUGGUAGAAGAAUUGGUGUUUGAUAUCUCUUGCUGUCAUGGUGGAGGUAUCCUUUAAUGAAGGACUUGUAUUAAUCUAUUCAUAUAUAGCAGCCACCUUUAUGCAACUGUUCUCUCCAUAUAAUUGAGCCUCCUCUCCAGCCCUUAGCAUUUUAGGGGGUCAUCAUGCAUAUGUUCACAAGUCUUUAUUUUUUAACCUUUAGAUUAUUGUAUCUGGCAACCUGUGAUUAAAGAAGAUUAGUGGAUAAUAUCUUAUGUUCAAGCCUCCAGCUCACUAAUAUUUACUCCAUCCCCUUCUUUAACCUGUGAUAAAAGAAGUUUACUCCAUCACUAAUUUUAGGGGGUCCCCUUUAAAGACUUUUCCGG